AUGGUUGCUGAAGCCAAGACAAGAAUUGAAACGUUGGAACAGGAAAUGGAGGUUUUGUCAAAAAACCAGCAUGAGCAAGCGAUCCUCGACCAAAAAACGAUUGAACUCGAGUCCGAAAAGCAACAAUUCUCAGCGAUGAUUCAGCAAAAGGAAUUGGAACACCGCAAAAAAGUCGAUGAAUUGAAAGAAUCGAUGGCAACAAUGGAACAGAAAGUUCUCAAUCACGAUCAGUCGAUGUUGAAAUUUGGUGAAAAACUGAAAAAAAGCCAUGUCAAAGAACGAUCGGAAUGGAGUCAAGAACGUAACUCGAUUACGGCCAAAUAUAUGUCAAGAAUUGACAAAUUGCAACAAGAAAAAGAAAAGGUUGACCAAAAUCUAGAAAGCACACAGGAAUGUGUGACGAGAUUGAAAUCCGAAAAUCAACGCCUCUCUGAAGAAAAAGAGAAUAUGACGGUUCAACAUGACCGAAGAGUCGAUGAAUUGGAAAAAGCGGUCCAGGCCAAAUUCAAUCGUAUACAACAGCUCCAGCAGAGCAACAAUCGAAUCCAAAAUGAAAAUGUAUUUAAAGCGAACCAGAUUCGGGCAUUGCAUCGACAAUUGCAAGCAUUGAAAAAGUUACUCGCUGAUUGUCAGGCGAAGAACAAUCGUCUACAGGAUCGAUUGAAGGCCGACCGUAAUCAAGCCAAUUCCAAUGCAAGGAACGAAGUGGCCAAAAUUAAAGCGGAUUAUAGCAACAAAAUUACGGCAUUAAAUAAAACGCGUGAUGAAGCCAAAACUAGAAUUGAAAUUCUAGAACAAGCAAAAGAAGGUUUGUGCAAUGGGCUCGAAGCGAAACAUAACAUGGUGUUGGAACUUCAAACCAAAUUGAAAACGCGCACCCAUGAAUUGGAUGAAUUGCGCAAAAGCCACCAAGACCAACUGCAAUCUGAAAAGAAACGUGCUUCAGACGAAAUGAAAAAAAUCAGAACGGAACAUAGCGAUCAAAUGGCUGAUUUGGAAAAAAAAGUCCAGAGCGCCAUGGAUGAAAAGAACAAUAUCGAAGCACGGCUCAAACAGAAAUACGAACGAAUUGUAAGCAACUUCAAAGUUGAAACAAAGAAGUGCAAGGGAUGCGGUGAAUUCGUAAUGAAUCCAUUCUGUUCUACAGAAUGCAAAGAUUUGUGGGCCAGUUUGAACGGCGUAUCCACCUCCACUGAUUCGGCUAAUCAAAAUUGAUGGGAACAAACGGAGCAAAU